GAAAAACGAAUAAAAGAUAUGGAAUGCUUAAUGACAUGAAUGCGUGCCAUUGAGGAGAAACUCUGGAUUAUUUUCAAUUCGAAUUCAAUAUCUUACACACGGCCAUUACAUAGACAUGUUAACCUGCGCAUGUAGACGGCAAGUCUAUGGAAUAAAAUGCAUACAUACGCGCACACAAAGCUAAUAUUCUGCCUUGUGCACACAGGUAUGGGGCGCAGUUCAGCAGGAAUGGCGAGUAUCAAGAGCACUUGAGGUGCUGCUGCUUCAUGUGGAGAACGUCAAGAGGCUGUACGAGCGGGACCACCAAGAACUGGAGGAGAUGCGCAAACUACUUGCUGAAUAUCAAAUAGACAUGCCCAAUUCUUCUGGAAAUGCUUCAAAUUCCAAUACUCAGUCCAAUUCUGACAAUCCUACCCCUGGAGUACGUUUGCGGACAUUCAGUCUUGCAGUCGGUGGAAAGCAGCAGUCACAAGAAACUCGUCGCAUCAGCUUUACAACAGGUACAACUCAUGCAGCCCUGAGUGCAUUCUUAGGAACCAAAUCUUCAAAGAGAAGGGCAUCCCUGAUGCCAGAUAUACGCCCAUUCCAAGAGAGCAAAGCUUCCAUAGCUGCUGUUGCCGCUGCUGCUGCCGCUGCUGCUGCAUCAAGUAGAGCCAGCAUAUCUGCUGCAAGUAAAGAUAAAGCAGAGAAAAAUGGGCAGACUUCUAAUGGAGUGUUUAGCAUAACAGAAGAAGGUAGUGAAAGUGGCGGAGAAGGAAGUGACACGCCCCCAAAUUCCUCUGGAGGAACACCAACAGCUUUAGCAAUAAGCAGAACUUUGGCUCAGCUUCAUCCUGAUUUGUACAGUGCUGUGCCCAAUACACAAGAGGCUACUCGCAGGUUAAGUGAAGAUGACAGUUCAGGCUCCAUAACUCAGUCUAUGGCAGCAGACUCAACAGUAACAAGUACUCCAGCUCCAAAUCCUGAAGCAGGGCCACAGCAUUGGCUGAUGGUCGGGUUGGAAGAUGUUAUAGGCUGGAUUCGUGGAGGAAGAUGGCCUUACUCCUCACAACAGACUGUACUAGGUGCUCGUUAUGCAUUUACAUCUCUUUUAUUAUUAUUAGCUGCCUUUUUCCUACUGUUGACCAUAUCUUCGAGUGAUCAGCAGGUACCACAGCCUUAUCACCCUGGCUGGACUUCUAUCACUCAUGUACUGCAUCCAUUUGUGACUCUGAGAUAUGUUGGGACACCUCCAACAUGACAAGUGAAAGAUGAAGUACAUAUUAUUUCAACAUAGUGUAAAUAGAACAAAUAUUAUUUUACUUUAACUGUCCUGAUUCUAAUCUAAGAAUAGCUUUUGUGUCCAAAGUAUAUUUCUAGAGUCUUAGGUCAAUAUUUUUUUGCUGCCUCAAGAAUAUUCUGACAUUUUUUGUGAUUUGAACAAUGUGACUGACAACAAAAUUAAAGUUAUAGCAUAUACAUUUGUUUUAUCAGUUUGUUACUCGCUAUGAAAGAAUGCUAUAAAAGUGCUAUAAUUAGAAUUUUGUGUGGGAAUCAUUUGGUGAUAGAUUCAACUCCCUGUCUGUAUGUCAGAUUCUGUGGUAAUGUAAAAAGAAAUACUAAAUAAUUGAUUUUUUUCAUGAUUAGUUUCUUUCCAAUUGAAAAUAUGCUAUCAGUAACAUUGAUUAUUGCUAGAUAUGCAUAAUUUAAUGCUACUGAUAUAUUUCUCUGUCAUAUAGAUAAUCUAUAUGCUUAUUUUAGUUCUUCAUAACAGACUCAAGGAAUAUUUUAUUAGUGCCAUUUAUUUACCUAUGGACCAGUGUGUCUUUCCGGCCUAGUGACUAAAUAUACAAUUUCUUUAGUAAUAUGUUUAUAUGUUAGAGACUUUGUAAAGGAGAGGUAUUUCAAAAUAUACAAGUAUUUAUUUUUACAAGGUUUAUAUCCAUAUUACAAAAGAAAGUAUGUAUUUUAUUUACUGUGAUAAAUAGGAAUGAAGUCAUUUCAAUAAAAGUAUCAUAAAAGUGUA